UAUCCGCGAACCUCAGUCGACGCCGGGCGUCCCAAGCGCGUAGUGUUGUUUGUCGCUUCGCUCCUUUGAAUCGAGCCUGACAACUGACAAGUAACGAGACUUUAUCGAUAUAACGCGUGCAUACGUGAACGGAGCCGUGCUGCGGGCACGCACUUGAUAAAAAAGAAAUCAAAUUCUCGAACAUUGUUCGCUGUCACGACGACAGACACUUGUCACUUAUUUAAUCAGACAAGUGAGACGUUACAACACAUCCGAUAUUCUUCCGCCUGGGGGACACCUUAUUUAGGAUGCAACGGGAGGACAUAAUCUUUUAUAAAAUUUUGACGUAGAAACCAAGUGACGCUUUUAAUGAGAAAUCGCACGAAUUGUUCCGAACUGGACGAGAAAAAGUGCUUUAACACCUGUUCCCGUUCAACUCCCGAGAAACGAAACGAGUGUUCGGGAGUAGUUGUAGCCAGUGACUAUUGGAGAGAUUCGAUUGGUGAACCGAUAGAAUGCGAAUACGGAUCUUGUAUUCGUGACAUCGAAUUUUUUAAUCGGAUAUCGGUGAUGCAGCUACAUGUUGGAAGGAAGAAAGGGAUGAUCGUUAAUUUUCUACCGAGGAUGGUGGCGGUCUUUGUUUUUGUUUGCCUUCUACUGCUGCAAAAUGGUCGGCCGACAUUCGCGGCAUUUACUACCGUUAUGCCUGAUCCUGAAUUCAUCGACGAAAUAGGAAAUAUUACAGUACCGGCAGGACGAAAUGUCAAGUUGGCGUGCAGCGUCAACAAUCUCGGAUCAUUCAAGGUGGCCUGGAUGCUUUUCGACAAGAGCGCUAUUCUGACGGUACAGAAUCACGUUAUUACCAGGAACCCCAGAAUAUCCGUGUCGCACGAUAAGCACAGGACCUGGUUCCUACAUAUCAACGACGUGCACGAGGAGGACAAGGGAAAGUACAUGUGCCAGAUUAACACUGCCGCCGCCAAAACGCAAUAUGGCUAUCUACACGUUGUAGUGCCGCCGAACAUCGACGAUUCGCAAAGCUCGUCGGACGCGAUCGUUCGCGAGGGCGCGAAUGUGACUCUCACCUGCAAAGCGACCGGCAGCCCGAAACCCAACAUACGUUGGCGAAGAGACGACAAUUCCAAGAUAUCGAUCAACAAAACUGUGUCUGUUCAGGAAUGGGAAGGCGAAACACUGGAAAUGUUGCGGAUAUCGAGACUGGACAUGGGUGCAUAUUUAUGCAUCGCCAGCAACGGCAUACCGCCGUCAGUCAGCAAGCAAAUUAAAGUGUCGGUUGACUUCCCCCCGAUGCUAUGGAUACCGCACCAAUUGGUAGGCGCACCCCUGGGUUACUCCGUUACGCUGGAAUGCUACACCGAGGCUCAUCCGACUUCUUUGAAUUACUGGUCGAGGGAGGACGGCCUAAUGAUUCACGACAGCAGCAAAUACAAGACGGUGUCGUCGCCCGACAAACCCGCCUAUAAAACGCACAUGUUGCUCACAAUAUUCGACAUACAGCACGAGGACUUCGGUAGUUACAAGUGCAUCGCCAAGAACCCACGUGGAGAAACCGACGGAACGAUUCGGCUGUACAUGUCUCAACCGCCAAGCACCAGCCCAAGCCCCUCAACCACGGAAAUGCCCAAGAAAGAUUUGGAUCUCACCGCGGAGAUGAAUAACUCUGUUUACGGAAAUCCAAGUCUGUUGACAAAUCAUAACGAGAAAAUCAAGACCGGUAACAAGUUCCAGUCGAAUCUCAAUGAGAUUGGUAAAUCGGAGCAGAAGCUGUCCGAAAUCGACAGGAAGAGAAAUUACAAUUGGCCUCCUAAUAACGAUUCAGCAACGAGUGCGAUGACGAUCAUGACGCUGCUGCUACUCACUCUGGCCAUAACGAUAAUCCGAUAAGCGAGAUCCUCAAGUUCUCACGUCGGUGACACAACCGUCAGUGUUAUUUUCCUUGAUUAACUGACUCAAUUAAUAAAAAAAAAUAAAAAAAAUAAAAAAAAUAAAAAAAUAGAAUAAAAAACUAACACAGACAUACACACACUCGCUCACACACGCAUGUUAACACACGUACACAAGUGACACAAAAAGACUAACCCAAAGUAUAGUUAGUGUCGUAUUAAAAAUGACAAGAUGAAUAAUUUUACGCGUGCCAAGUUAGUAUAGCGACAGAGUCCACGAGUGGCCAAGAAUUCAAAUGGUCUCUUCGCCGGAAAAAAAAAUUGUGUGCGGUGAGAGAUUUGGACGAAGGAAUAAAACGGAAGGAGGAACAAUGAGAACGGAAGAUGGAAUAUUAACAAAAGUGCAACGACUAUCGCUUUCAGUGUAAUAUAUUGUAUAACGCCGUAAACAAUGACGUCGACAGAGAAAUACCAGUGUUCUCGUCUCCGUGAGUGCAAUUUUGAACGUGAAAGAGAGAGAGAGAGAGAGAGAAAGAGAGAAUGAACAUUGUAAAAGAAUUUUAGUCGCGCGAACUGGUAUUUUAUUCCGAAAUAUCAAAACGUAACCGUUCGAGCUUAUAAUACUGAAUUAAAAUUUCACCGAGCUAAACUAAUUUCUCACCGUUUUUUAUGUCUCUUCGAACAACGUUUGUUUUCUCUCCACACACACACACACACACACACAUACACACACAUUCACCUACACACAAGACCUCUUUAUUUUGACGUAGAAGAACUAUUAUGUUUUUGAAAGUGUGUAAUUGUGUGAUCUCUGUCUCGGAUAAAAAUUUCAUAAAAAUUAGUGGCACUUGUAAAAACAAAUUCCCCUUGCCGAUAUUUGAAUUUUUCAUUGGUCUCGCGCAUGAUCAAUUCAAACUGCAUCGUUACAGCACGGUUUUUCUAUGUAUUAAAUACGUAUAAGAGAGUGUGUGCUCGCAAACCCCAAAAAUCAUGACGUUGCGGAAAUUAUCCCUUCACCAUCAAAACUCCGCGUUUUUUUUUUCAUCUUUUUAUAUGCAUUAUACUUCCUGUGACAAUCCUCCUUUCCACUAUGUAGUGUUCGAAAGCUUUUAACGAUCGAACGGUUCGAAUCUCAAGAUUAAAUGUUCGGAUCGUCUAAAUUCAAAAGAACAUGUGUGCGAUAUUUUAUUUAUUCCUCCGCUACCGACAACAACUCUUUUUUUCUUUCUUUACGUAUUCAAAAUCGAAUAUGAAUGUUAAGUACGUUCGAAUUGGAAAUUCAAAUGUUUCGAUCUCAAAAAGUGUUUCAUGAGUUUGAACAGUUCGAUCAUAUAUACGACGCGUUUGAAUCUCUUUUCCCUUCUUGUUUGAAGCAUAUUUUCUAUACACUGCCAAGUACGUUCUAAAUUUGCCUCAAUUUUUCCUCCCUUUCGUUUUCUAUAUAUACCCACGCUCUCUCUUACGUAGAAAAUCAUGGAUCCCAUCUGGAUACUUGAGAUUAAAACGUCAGAUUCGGUACGGAGAAAUUGUUCUCUUCUCAAGAGGCGGCUUCGAAAGAAGCGCGGUAAAAAAAAAAAAAAAAAAAAGGGAAACUGGAAACUUCGCGGCAGACACGAAACGAAGAUACAUCGUAACGAGCGCAAGUCGAAUGCUGUUAGGUGGAAGCGUUUUCGAGUCAAUUCGAGACACGGUAUCAUCCUUCGGUAUAUAUUCUAAAAGCGCCAGUUCUUCUUUCUUUCAGGUCGAUACAAGCGAGAGAGAGACAAGAUCUCUAUUAUUCGUACAUGUUUAUCAAUAAAUUGGAAAUUUAAAAAUUUAA